AUGACCAACCACCAGAUUGAUAUUGCUAUGUAUCCAUUAUGUUUGACUCGCAGAGACUCGGGAGUAGACGUUGAAAGUCGCCAUAGUAAUAUCCAGACAAUGUCACCAACACGCUCACAUUGCCACCCUCACCGAAACCUCCCAAACCUACAGAAGGAUAUCACAUUUAUGACAUUAACAAGUAGAGACAGUAUAUCAAAAAGUAUAUCGUUUCAAACAACACAGCAAGAAGUCAGCAACCUAGAAACCUCCAAAAGAAGCUACGAAGCAACUUUGUCACAAACGCUUGUCUUUCAAGUACCGAAGCGACAAAAAUCAUGUCCAGCAAUUUCUGCCUUGCACACUAACGACUAUGUCAAAUUAAUAUCGACCAACUACCCUGUCCCACCGUAUAAUCAGCUUGCAGUGCAUAAUGUAGAAGCGACUUCGCUUUAUUGCUCACCGCCUCUGGAGACGAAGUCUGCAUGGAUUGAGGGAGAAAGAAAAUCACACAGAUACACACCAAGCAAACGAUUGUUGGCAUUAUUAUGUUCUGACGGCCGCCACCUUCCUCGGCAGCUACUUUUCACGGAAUAUACAGCCAUCUAUCAUUUGCGUAAGGAGGUUAUUCGAUGGAUACAUCAGGUCAAUGCUGGAUUUCUACGCUUUCAUUCAGAAACUAUUUUCAUGGCCAUAAAUUUCUUGGAUCGAUUCAUAGAGAAAUGUAAUUUGCGAUGGAGACAGAGGAUAUAUCACGUUGCACUUGGUUGUGUGUAUAUAGCGGGCAAGUUUAACGAAGAGACCCGAGAGCCAAUGAUCGGCGACAUGGUAGAAUGCGCGAAAUAUGCUACAUCGGCAGAAAAGAUCAAGAAAGUCGAGAAGGAAAUCCUAUCAGUUCUUGGUUGGGAAAUUCGGGUAACAACGCCACAGGCAAUGUUGGACGAACUGCUCUCGUGUUUACCGGAAGCUCGAUCUACUCCAGAGCAAUGUGCGUAUAGUGAUCAAGUAGUGAAGGCAGCACAAUUGUAUCUGGAUAUGGCCAGUUUCGAAUGGGCGUAUCUUCAGUACUCUCCUCUGACGCUUGCUGUCAGCGCUUUCAAGUGUGGGCUGAUACAUUUGGAUUUUGAUGAUUUAAAUGAAACGGUGGAUAUUGCAUGCAGCUUGACUUCUGUGUGUCAGGAUUCAUUAAAAACCUGUGUCCAGAUGAUGCAAAGUCUCUGUCGACGAUAA